GCGAAUUCACCACAAAUGUCGUCUCAAGGCACUGUGGAAAAAAAGACACAUUCCAAAGUCAACUGCCUACAUCUGAAAGUUGCGCGUCACCUGUGAACUACAUCUCCCAUAAUGCCCGUGAUAAGGUCGAUUAAUCGAGCGCAGGAACAAUCAAAUCCACCCACUGCUACAGUUAGCCACAGUAGCCGUAGUUUUUUUUUUUUUUCUUUCACAGAAAAUUACGUUUUUAAAUCUAGAAAGUAUGAUGUUUAUUAGAACAGGCGGACUCGGAAGAUGAAACUCGUUUUCCCAGUUUUAAUGGAGGACAAAUAUCCAUCUUUGCGACGCUGGUAGCCGAGCGGAUUUAGCGAGUCGUUUCGUUUUGACACUGAGGAGGCUCAUCUGUCCGCCGCCGCUGCUGCCGCUGCUGCUGCUCCCCCUUCAGCGGGGAUCUGGACAAAGCCAGUCAGAUGUUGGACGAUAGGAAAUAUAUUCGGAAUAUUUUCAGACCGGGUUUUGAAUUUGAAUUUUCAAACUGAAAACCACUUAUAAAAGUGACGGCUACAGGACAGUUUAAGGAGGGCGAGAGUUUGGAUCUCGCACAGAGGGAAGGAGAGGAAAAAGCCACGGGGAAGAAGGGACGAAGGGGGCCGAGAUCCUAAUGCCAGUGAUGGCAAACGAGCCGAUCAUCCUGAACGUCUAUGAUAUGUACUGGAUCAAUGAGUUCACAAGCUCUCUGGGCAUUGGAGUCUUUCACUCAGGGAUCGAGAUCUAUGGAAGAGAGUUUGCCUAUGGUGGACAUCCGUACCCAUUCUCAGGGAUCUUUGAGAUCACUCCUGGCGAUGCAACUGAACUCGGUGAAACCUUUAAGUUCAAAGAAGCCAUAGUCCUGGGUAGCACAGACUUCACAGAGGAGGAUGUGGAGCGGAUCGUGGAGGAGAUGGGCAAGGAGUACAAGGGCAACGCCUACCACCUCAUGCACAAGAACUGCAACCACUUUUCCUCAGCACUUUCAGAGAUCCUGUGUGGCAGGGAGAUCCCUCGUUGGGUCAACCGCCUGGCCUACUUCAGCUCCUGCGUGCCAUUCCUCCAGAGCUGCCUGCCCAAAGAAUGGUUGACCCCUGCUGCCUUACAGUCCAGCGUGAGCCAGGAGCUCCACGGAGGGAGCGGAGAGCUAGAGGAGGCGGAGGACGCCGCUGCCACAGCCUCCCUGGCCUCCAUGUCACCCUGCUCACCUUCAACCUCCUCCAGCCCCUCCUCCUCUUUGCCUCGACACUGUCGCCCUCAGCCCCGCAGGUAGAACCAGCUAGAUCUGCUGGGAAACCUGGGCCUUUACUCUUCUUUUUUUUUGAAAGAGAAAGCGAGGUCACAGAACCUGCAGCAGCCACAGCCAAAAGUUGAUUCAGGCACUGAUACCUGCUCUGUGUGAGAGCAUCAGGACAAUCUCUGUCCCAGUCUGGACCUGCUGAACGGGUCUUGCUGAAGAAAUAAGCUCUUGAUUCCAUUGAAAACUCAAACGGUUUCUCCUCUGUCAUUUACAAACCACAUGCAGAUUGUACCAGCGUUUCCUUGUCACCCUAUUACUGUGUAAAAGACACCUCUGGAUCAGAAAAAAACUAUAAACUGCUUGGUAUAUGGAUGCAGAAGAAAAUCUUUUUUAUUUUCAAUAAUUUCUUGAAAAUUUUCUGACUGGACUUUGUUAAUGAGUUUAAAAUAAUCAUUUUUCUAUAGCUCUUCAAUUGUUUUGAGGUAAAUAACUUUCGGUUACUUGUUUAGGACGUGAGAAACAUCAGGGUUGAUAUUAUAGCCUGCCUCCCCUUUCACUGAGACAGAAUAUUUUCUAACGAAGACGGCUUCUGUUAAACUUCCCGUCUGUUCACAAUCCCACCCUAGUGAAUCCUGGACAGACUUGGGCUCAAAGGUUUUCUAUCACUGUAGAAUAUUACAAUCUGAAUCCCUGGUAAAAAUGUGUACAAAAUCCUCCAGUGCAGUAGCACAUUUUAGAGAAAUGCAACCUUUUAAUUAGAUAAGGUUUAUUCAGUGAGAAAGAAAUCCCCCGUCUCCUCUCUUCAGCUGUCCCACCGGCUUUCUGUUGGGUUUAGGUUCUUGGGACUCAGAUGUUGACAGGAGGAGGUUAAUUUGGUCUCUGGUGAAUCAUUCCUGUGUUAUUUGGACCUUAUGUUUUGGACGUGAGGUGCUUUCCCACACGUUCUUCCUUUGUUUUAUGCCAGAUACACCGGUUUGUGGGAUCCUGUUAAAAUCUCUACUGUUUAGUAAACCUCUACAUCUUCACCUGAUUGUGGAACAUCUUGUAAUGCCACCUAAACAACUUACUGGCAUGUAGAUGACAUCUAUUCUGUCUGGAGGAUUAGUGACUUGUCCGUCUUUGCUGCGGUUCUGUAACAAUGAGAUCUGGGGCUUUACUUGUUCAUACCCUCCUGCUCGCUGUGUAUCGUGUCACCAUCCAGGCUCGUCGACAGGUCCAGUUGUUUUAAGUGUUGCUCUGACUGUAGAUAUGGGCACGUUUAUUUUCUUAUAGUCUUUCCUGACUCGUGAAGGUCAACAUAUAUCUGUCUGUCUUUGAUGGCAUGUUCUCUUGUCUUUCCUAUUUUGAGGAGCGCCUGAAAGAAAAGAAGCUCUUUGCCAUGUCAUAUUUUAGCCUAGAGAAACAGAAGGUCGUCAGAUCCUAAUUUAAAGUUUCAAAACUGUCUGAUCAACUUUAAAAACAUAUAAAGUGAAUUAAUGCUGGCGUAGUUUCUACGUACAAAGCAGGGGUCACGGUUAUUUCCCAUUGUUACAUGUUUCUCCACUGAAUAGAUAUAAUUUAUUUGAAGGUUGGAUGUUUUUUAAAUGGUAACCUUCAGAUUAUGCUGCUGUACUAAAGAUGAAGUAAUUUUAAGCAUCUUUACCAGGGGCUCAAUGAGUGUGCAUGUUUCUGUAGGAUGUCCUAUUGUAGCUGUUAAAGGGUUCCUCUGCAGGCAGCUGUAUUUCAAAUGUUCUGAACUAAAAUCCUGGAAGGACUCACCAUAAUUCUGAACCUGGAUCUCCAUCACAAAAUGUAAGCAGCUUAAAGCAGUUCUGCAAAGUUGAUCCACCAACUCAUCCAGCUGUGAUUAGGAAGUACGUUCCUAAUGAUGUAGGAAGUAGGUGCAGGCAGUGAGAUGAAGGAUACUUUCUCAGCAGCAGCUGCCACGGUGCCUUUAAACCAGGUACUUUCUUACACAACUGAUACAUUUAGCUCACAUAAAGGCUUUUAAUAGUUCAACCAAAUAUAAGUUCAGUCUAAUGCUGUAUGGAAAUCUACAUUUAACUGACCUGAGAUCAGCCUGCAUAAGUUUCUUCCUAGGUAGAAAAAAAGCCUCACUCAUCACAUUUACGUUUUUCUUGCCACAUGUUUUCAUUUAUUUCAUCGUCACUGGAAAAUAAAAAACCUAAGGUCAUCAUGUACUCCAAAGCUUUACAUUUUACAGGAUGGUGCUAAUGUUUCUGAAUGACGAGCAACUCAUUUUAAACUCUAUACCUGCUGCAGAAUGAGUUCUGCAGCAAAACAAGAGCCGCUGACAUGUUUAAAGGAUAUUUGGUAUGACUGAUCAAAUCUGACAAAUCCUGUUUGAACUUUAUUGUAUUGCUAUGAUAUGAAACUCUGACCUUUCUGUCAGUUUUGUUUAUUUUUGAUAAACUCAGGACUCUUAAAGGCUUUUUUUUGUCUUUGUUUUUACACGUUUUAUGUUGAUGUCGUUACUUUUUGUAAAGCAGCAGAUGCUCAGUGACACACCGUUUCAGCGGUUUUGUAUCCCACUCUAAAAGAAUAACCUUUUGUUUACCUUUCCGUCUACUUUAACAUGUAGGAGUCUGUUUUCUCUCUCUUUUCUAAACAGUUUAGUAUCUAAUCUGCCGCCUGGGCCACAUUUCCCUCCACCACACACACACAUACUGAAACCUUUACAAAUGUAGCACUGUUUGAACAUUAUUCUCCAACAUCAUUUUGAAGAGGUUUGAAUACUUUUUUUGCUCAAGUUAAUAACUUUUAGUACUGUGGCACCCACAAGUAAUUUCAUCUUUUUAUAUUUGUUAUAAACAGCCUCAGUGUUACUUAAGCAUAGAUAUUGUCAUGAAACCAGCAACUGACGGUGUGAGAGGAUAGAAUCAGUGCUUCUAAUGUCAAACGUGACUCCUAUUGUUUAAUCAUGUUUUAUUAAAGGCGUUCCUUUGGCGCCGUCUGGACAUUUUUAUAGUGACUGAGGUUUCCAGAAAAGCGUUAACGUUUCUCAGCUUUAAAUUUUUACUUUUCAUAUUUAUGAUAUGAUAAAUUAUAAUUAUCUUCCAUAUUAGCUAAAGAUGUCUUCACCAUUAUUAAUGUCCCGUUGCAGGUGCUGACUUACAGCCUAUACAACCAUGGACCUGGGAUUUACUAUAAUUGUAAAUGUUCAGGAGUGAAUUAUAAUUCUAUCUCAAGUUUAAAUGCGGAGCAGGAAAUCUCAGACACAUCAGCUUCAGCUGUUUUACAGUGAUUUUUAUUUUUUUCAGAUAUGUUAAUACAGCCAAACACUGUAUCCCAUCUGAAUAUUAUUAAAGAAAAUAUAUAGUAUGCCACUCCUGUUUUUAUGUUGUGAUAGUUUAAUUGUUCCGGGAAAAAAAAAAUACCAGUAAAGCCUUAUGUUUUCAUUCACAUAUUUAGCUUAAAUAAACCAGUUUUACUUUUUGGAAAAUA